AUGGUGGCAGGUAUGAGAACCAUUGGGAUUCUGAACGCUGGGAAGUUGGCUCUGGCUUUCUCCAGCUGGUUGAGAGAAACAAACGCUUCAAAACCACCCACCAAGACCAGCCCGUCAAACUUGUACUUGCUGAACUCGUAUGCAAUGGUUCCCAGGUCUGCCUCCUCGGGGGUCUUUCUGUUGGUUCCAAUUUCUGAUCCUCCGAUAGAAGUCCAUCCUUCCACGCCGAGCCAGUCCAGCGUUCGCACGGCAUCGUGUCUCGCGAGUCCAGUGAACCCGUUAUGUAUAGCAUAUGGAGUGUGGCCGCGCGAGAAACAGUACGUGGCAAACGAGUACACGGCCGAGUUCAUUCCUCCUGCUGGCGCACCCACGUUGAUGAUUGCAAUCUUCUUGCGUUGCUCAACAGGGAGAGAAGGCUCGCGGAAGUCUGCGGUAUUCAUGGCCAUGAAGUUGUGCAGAUGUUCCACGAACUCGGAGUCACGAAGAGAAAUGGCUUUGGCAAAAUCCUUGCUACGGAUAGCCUCGGCCACCGACUUGGUGAGCUUCACUGCCUCCACCAAUGGCUUUCUCACAAUCUUGUUCUCAAUGAUGGAGAUCAUUGGCGAAGGAAUCUCUGGAGUUCCUUCCAAAACCGCAUCCACAGCAGCGACUCCCUGCAUGGUGGCAAGGAUUCUGUCGUAG